AGACCGAGGACAGCUGUGGCACGGUAGAGUCCUACUGUCUUCAGUCUUGCAGUCACCCUACAGUACUCGGAAACCCUGGGUGCCUGGGUGCCUGGGUGCCAGAGGGGAAAGGGUCUGCGAUGCGGGGUCAACUUCUCCUCCUCCCUCCUCGGCUCGGACAAAAUGAUGUGCAGCUACACUUACAAUCUUUCUGACUGACUGUCUAGCUUCCCCUUGCUUUACUUCGUUAUUCUAUCCUGUGAUAGGAACCUCGACCAUUUGAUUCUCAUCCAACCAGGCCAGAAAACAGCCUCACCUCCAAUCCCCGUCACAAUGGCCCCAUCACUCCCCUUCGAAUUAAACGACCCGGAUCUCCUUCACCAGGAAUCCUACGUCGAUGGCAAAUGGGUGGGCGCCAAAUCCGGCAAACGGUUCGACAUCGUCGACCCGGGCUCCGACAAGACGUGGGCGUCGUGUCCGGACAAUGCGGUCGAGGACGCCGACGCGGCGAUCCAAUCGUCUUACAAGGCGUUCAAGGAGUACAGCAUCCUCAACCCACGCAAGCGCGCGCAGUUGCUCAUGAAAUGGCACGAACUCAUCACCGCCGCUAAAGACGACCUGGCCAAGAUCCUCACGUACGAGACGGGCAAGCCGCUCGCCGAAGCGUACGGCGAACUCGACUACUCGCUGGGCUUCACGUGGUGGUUCGCGGGCGAGGCCGAGCGGAUCCAAGGGUCGGUCAGCGUUCCAUCCGCGCCAAACCGACGAGUGUUUGUGAUCAAGCAGCCGAUCGGGGUCGCCGUGGCGCUCGUGCCCUGGAAUUUCCCCAUUGCCAUGAUCCUGCGCAAGGCCGGCGCCGCGUUCGCUGCGGGUUGCACCAUGGUCGUGAAGCCGAGUCCCGAGACGCCCCUGACGUGCCUGUCGUUGGCCAACCUGGCCACGCGCGCGGGCUUUGCGCCGGGCGUGUUCAACGUGGUCACGACGAGUCUGGCCAACACGCCGAGCCUGAGCGAGGCCCUAAUCACGCACCCGCUCGUCAAAAAGGUCACGUUCACAGGCAGCACCCGCGUCGGCAAGAUCGUCGCGGGCCUGUGUGCGAAGAACCUGAAGAAAUGCACGUUGGAGUUGGGCGGGAAUUGCCCGUUUAUCGUGUUCGACGACGCCGAUCUCGACCAGGCGCUCGCCCAGUUCAUGGCGCUCAAGUGGCGGCACGCGGGCCAGGCGUGCAUCAGCGCGAACAGGCUGUACGUCCAGGCCGGCGUGUACGAGAAGUUCAGCCAGAUGCUCGUGGCCAAGACCAAGGAACUCAAGGUCGGGCAUGGCGCCGAAAAGGGCACGACCAUGGGCCCCGUCACGACGCCGCGAGGCCUGGCCAAGGCCGAAGAGCAGGCCGCGGACGCCGUCAAGCACGGCGCCAAGAUGCUCCUGGGCACGGGCAGAGCGUACAAGGGCGCGACGGACAAAGAGGGCGCCGGCGAGGGCAAGGGCGUCGGCGGGUAUUUCAUGGACCCGACCAUCUUGGCCGACAUGAACGAGCAGAUGUUGUUGAGUCGCGAGGAGACCUUCGCCCCCGUCGCGGGCAUCUUCAAGUUCGAAAAGGAAGAGGAGGCCGUGAGGUGGGCCAACGAUACGAGUAUGGGCCUCGCCAGUUAUGCCUUUACCAAGAAUGUCGAUCGUGUGUGGAGGAUGUUGGAGAAUCUAGAGGCCGGUAUGAUCGGUUUGAACACUGGAAACGCGUCGGCUGCCGAGUCGCCGUUCGGUGGAAUCAAGGAGAGCGGGUAUGGUAAGGAGUCCGGCAAGGAUGUUGCGGUCAAUGAGUACUUGAUCUCCAAGACGGGCACGUUCACAAUCGCUGGACAGUACUAAGUAGGGUGGAGGAGGGGUGAACACGAACAGACAAUGCGCGGCUACUAAGCAUGAAACGCUGCAGGAGAGAUGUUCUGGAAAUGCGGAAUAUGGGAAAUAUGAAAAUAUACUGCGACACCUCGGAACAUACGGUGCUUGUACAAUUGACAGAGCGCGGUAUGUACAAAGCAAAUGUAGCCAAUGGUGUCCAAUUCGAAGGCUGUAGGAGGGUCAGAACAGAGACCUUUGUAGCUGCGUUCACCGUCAUCGAGCCCGUCUUCCUCUCUUUCAAAUACCCAGGAAAACUAUUCAUGUACCGAACAAUACUAGGUGUUAUUUUAGAAACAGCAAGCUAGCUAUUGAUACUGCCCACAUACCAGAAAAUGAUAUGGUGGAG